AUCACUUUUUUUUCUCGUUCCUUCUCACAACGGAGCUCUUUAAGCUCCGGUGCGCGACACAGAGCGGCCAUUCAUUGAAGGGCAAACCGAACGAGGGGGCAGGGGACGGAGCGCGAGCGUCACACCGGUGGACAGGGGAACGCACAAACUCGUGUGUUGAACGGGCGACCUCCUAAACUCUGCAUUGGCGACAUCGGUGGAAGUGAAUGGGAAGUGCAAAGGACAGGAUUUGGGUACAUUCGAUUACGCACGAGUAGGCUAUGGGUUUACGCGUGGCAUAUAGGAAGAAUUCCAUAUAAAGGAGCGAGUCCGGAGCACAUCUCACAGCUGUAGCCUAAAGUUUUGUAUUCUCUGAACAACUUGAUUAAUUUACCUAAUUUUCCUGCAAGGAUAUUUUUGUUGCCAAUCGAUAAUAGCCUAUACAUUAAAAUGUCUGGAGAGGAGCACAGCCUAUCCGAGGCAGAGUUGAGUCCCGGGGGCUCAGAUGAUGGUCACUCUCUGUCACCGGCACACUCCGGGGCCACCGGCGGCCGGGACUCCCCGCUCAUCGGUCCGUCGCAGCAACUGACGGGGCUUUCUGGCGCAGAUGGCGGCGGAGAAGAUGGUGGACUAGUGCCCAAGUCAGAGGUGGAUAUGGACCGGUUCCCCAUCGGCAUCCGCGAGGCGGUCAGCCAGGUGCUCGAUGGAUACGACUGGACGCUCGUACCCAUGCCCGUGCGAGUAAACAACGGGAACAAGAGCAAGCCGCACGUGAAGAGGCCCAUGAACGCCUUCAUGGUGUGGGCGCAGGCCGCGCGCCGUAAACUGGCGGACCAGUACCCUCACCUGCACAACGCGGAGCUCAGCAAGACACUUGGCAAACUGUGGAGGCUCCUGAAUGAGAGUGACAAGAGGCCUUUCAUUGAGGAGGCGGAGCGACUGAGGAAACAACAUAAGAAGGACUACCCAGAGUACAAGUACCAGCCCCGCAGACGCAAGAACGGCAAGCUGGGGACCAAUGGUGAGGGAGGGGAGGGAGCAGAGGGGGAGGGCAGCCACGCCCAGCCCCAUUACAAGACCCUCCACCUGGAUGUGCACAGUACAGGGGCUGGGUCCCCCCUGGCCGACCUCCACCACCAUCAUCACCACCCUGCAGGUCAGGGCCCGCCGACACCCCCCACCACCCCAAAGACAGAGCUCCAGUCUGGGAAGAUGGCGGAGGGGAAGAGGGAGGGUGGAGGUGGCUCAGGGUCCUCCCGUGGAGGAGGCCUGGGGGUAGGAGCAGAGGCCUCUGGUGGCCCUUCAUCAGCGGGCGGGAAACCCCACAUCGACUUCUGCACCAUGGACAUCGGCGAGAUCAGCCACGACGUGAUGGCCAACAUCGAGCCCUUCGACGUCAACGAGUUUGACCAAUACCUGCCGCCUAACGGGCACCCGGGGGUCGGCCAGGGCGGCGGUGUCACACCAAGCUCCUCUGCUACAUCCUACGCCUACGCCCUGGCUGCUGCCAGCGGUCACUCAGCCGCCUGGCUCUCCAAGCAGCAGCAUCAACAGGCCUCCCCCUCUGCCUCAGACCCCACCAAGGCCCAGAUCAAGAGUGAGUCUGGAGCCGGGAGCCACUACGCAGAGACCUCCUCCUCCUCGUCAGGAACCCACGUCACCUACACCCCCCUCAGCCUCCCCCACUACGGAUCAGCCUUCCCCUCGCUGGCCUCCAGGGCCCAGUUUGAGUACGGGGAGCACCAGGCGCCGGGGCCGUACUACACCCACUCCAGCCAGGCCCCGGGGCUGUACUCAGCCUUCUCCUACAUGGGGCCCAGCCAGAGGCCCCUCUACACUACCAUCACUGACCCCUCCAGCGUGGCCCAGUCUCACAGUCCUACACACUGGGAGCAGCCUGUCUAUACCACCCUGUCACGGCCAUGAGAGAGACUGAGAUGCAUGGGAUAGGAUGUGUGCGUGUGUGUCUCUACACCACCAUAGAGAAAGACAAAGAUUGGAAGGGUGUAGGGCGGCUACUGAGUGUGUGUGUGUGUGUGUGUGUGUGUGUGUGUGUGUGUGUGUGUGUGUGUGUGUGUGUGUGUGUGUGUGUAAAUGUGUGUGUGUGUGGGGCGGGUUAACAAAGGAUGGAUAUCUUACUGAUGUUGUAUUGGGAUUCAUUGGGACUUGACAGUGCAUCCAUGGAGGCCUUAUAAUCUUUUACUGUAUAGUAUCUUUUCUAUCACAGCCAAUGGUCAAUAGCCAAUCAGAAUAAACCUUUAACCAAUGUGUGCCAUGUUUUAGUGUGUAAGGUCAGGAUCCCAGCUGCCAUGGAGGCAUAGUGUAUAGUAAGAAAGCUUAUCGUGAUGAUGAGCCCAGAGUUCACAGAAUCAAUACCGUAGUGGUAAGAAGGAUACCCAUAGGGUUGCAAAAUGCUUGUAACCUUCCUCAAAUUCCCCAGAUUCCAGAAAUCCUAGUUGUAAAUUCCUGGAAUUAGGAGGGAAUAAGCAGGAUUUUCAGGAAUCCUCCUACUGGGAAAUUUUGGGAAAGUUAUCGGAAUUUUGCAACCCUAGCUACCUAUAUCACAAGGAUUGAGUGACAGUGCCAGCGAGGACUGGCUUUGGGCGGGUUUCGACUGGCUAUCAGCCUAGGCUUGACAAGAACAAAUACAACGUGACGUUUAUCAGAACUGGGUUGUUUUAGAUUGAAAUAAUCCGAUUCUAUUAACCAAACUAAAGGAAAUGUUUGUGUGACGUCAUUUUAGUAUUUUUUUAUGACUUAAGUGAUGUAUUGUUUUUGUAUUUUUUAUAUGACUUUACAUGUUCUGGUUUGAUAUUACACUGCCAUGGCUUCACCACUGCUUUUGAAAGACAAUGUUUAUUUAAAAUUCCUGAGUUUACUUGGCCAAUAACUUUAUGCUUUGGUUUAUGGGCGUCAGGUAACCUAGCCAGUGCGUUAGGCCAAUACCUGAAAGGUUGCCGGUUUGAAACCCUGAGCCGGCAAGGUGGAAAAAUCUGCUGUUCUGCCCUUGAGCAAGGCAGUUAACCUGCAACAACUACCCCCCGGGUGCCAUGGACGUCAAUUAAGGCAGCCCCCCUGCACAUCUCUGAUUCAAAGGGUUUGGGUUAAAUGUGGAAGACACAGUUGAAUGCAUUCAGUUGUGCAACUGACUAGGUAUCCCCUUCUGGGAUGCUGCUUGACUCCUUAUGAAUUGCAUUGUGCUAAACCAUAGUUGAUGGGAAAAAAAGAGGGAAAGAGAAUGAUUGGAAACACUUUAGCUUACAGUUCUGGAAAUCAUUACAUUACCUCAACUCAAUGUACAUGUGCCAAUAAUAUGCCAAUAACACUUUACAUGCUCAAAUAACCUUGAUAAGAAUAUAUGGCACACAUUUCGCUUAUACUACUCAUAAAUAAUAAAACAUUGUUGAAGUCACUGGACUUUUUUAUUGAUAUUGAUUGCAUUGUACCCUCUGGUUGCUUCUAAUUCCAUUUGUUUACCAAAUUAUCAAAGCAAAACAAUCUACAUGAUUCAGCAAGUACAAAGUCUGCAAAAUCUUUUGUGAGAAUUCUCCAGCUUUAAACUAAAGAUUUUGUGAGCUAUUUAGAACAAGUGCCACAUGCUAUAGUUUAUGUACAUAGGUUUUCCCCUCUGCAUCUCCCUUUUCUGUAUCCUGUUUAAUGUCCCUCUCUGCUCCCUCUGCAAUGUGAAUGAUCACCACAUGCCUCUUCUUCCAUAGGUGAUUUAUACUGAGUCAUUUUAUACUGACCCUCUCUGCUUUGUAGUUUUUAUUUAAAACAAUUUCACGUUUAGCUUUUUUUCAGUUUUGUACAAUUCUGGAUCGUUUCUAAAACGUUGUAUGCUACACAUUUGAUGUAUCUGCUUUCUUCUACAAGAAACAACAAUGUACAAAUAUUAUUGAUGUUGUCAUUACGUUGUCAUUCUAUUAAAGCAAUUUAUUUAUACAAAACUGAAAUUGAUUGGAU